AUGGAUCGCAGAGGAAGAGGCUCGAACCAGAACCGCGGUCCCAGACGCGACCGCCGGGAUGCGCCCUACAACGAGAGAUCGGCCCAGCCCAACACGGCGCCGGCAGUAGCAGCGCCGCCUCAGAACAGCACCGCGCCGCCCUUGACCGAGCCCGUUCCUGAGGACACGCCGAGGUUCGCUGAUAUGGUCGGCGUCAGCCCGGCCCUGAUCCAGGCCAUCACCCAGGACCUCAAGUUCAACCACAUGAUGCCCGUCCAGGCCGCCACCCUGACCGAGCUUCUGCCCCCCAAGCGCGGCGACUGCCUCGUCCAGGCCAAGACCGGCACCGGCAAGACAAUCGCAUUCCUCCUUCCUGCCAUCCAGACCCUCAUCACCAACAACCGCGGCCGCGGCGCCGGCAUCUCGCUCCUCGUCAUCUCCCCGACCCGCGAGCUGGCCAUGCAGAUCGCCAAGGAGGCCCAGGCCCUGCUGCAGCGUCUGCCGCAGUACCGCGUCUGCAUCGCCAUUGGAGGCACCAACAAGGACCGCGAGGAGAAGCAGAUCCUCAACGGCUGCGACAUCCUCAUCGCCACCCCGGGACGUCUCAUCGACCACCUGUCCAACGCCUACAUCAAGGAGUCCUUCCACCAACUCGACACCCUCGUGCUCGACGAGGCCGACCGCCUCCUCGACAUGGGCUUCAUGCCCGCCCUCAAGGACAUCGUCCGCGCCCUCCCCGACAAGGCCAAGACCAACCGCCAGGGCAUGCUCUUCUCCGCCACCAUCGCCGCCCACGUCGAGCAGGUCGCCGGCAUCGUCCUCUCCAAGGGCUACAAGUUCAUCUCCACCAUCCCCGCCGGCGAGUCCAACACCCACGAGCGCGUGCCCCAGCACCUCGUCAAGGUGCCCACCUUCGCCGCCGUCGCCCCGGCCAUGGUCGGCGCCAUCCGCGAGGAGGCCGCCCACGUCGGCCCCGACGCCUUCAAGGCCAUCAUCUUCGCCCCGACGGCCGCCCUCGCCGACUUUUACGGCGACGUCCUCGCCAACGUCCCCGGCAUGCCCCCCACCGCCGUCCUGCACUCGCGCAUCUCCCAGAGCAAGCGCACCAAGACGACCAACGACUACCGCGACUCCAAGUCGGGCAUCCUCGUCGCCACCGACGUCAUUGCCCGCGGCAUGGACUUCCCCGGCGUCACGACCGUCUUCCAGGUCGGCAUCCCCGCCGACAAGGAGUCGUACAUCCACCGCCUCGGCCGUACUGCCCGCGCCGGCGCCGAGGGCCGCGGCAUCUUCAUUGUUGCCGAGGUCGAGGGUUUCUUCCCGCAGUGGACCCUCAAGGAGAUCUCCUUCCAGACCCGCCCGGCCGACCUCUCGUCCGCCGACCAGGUCUACCAGAUUGCCGAGCAGCGCAUCGACGAGGCGCAAAAGGCCAAGAUCUACCAGGCCUGGCUGGGCUACUACAAGAACUGGAUGAAGUCCCUCAAGUGGGAGAAGGAGCAGCUCGUCGCCGAAGGCAACAUCUUUGCCCGCGACGCCCUUGCGUCCCCCGAGACGCCCGCCAUUCAGAAGAGCACCGUCGGCAAGAUGGGUCUCCGCGGCACCAGAGGCCUCGUCGUCGUUCCGGACGCGCCUAAGAGCCGCCACGGACACCGCGGCGGCGGUGGUGGCGGCGGUGGAGAGGGCCGCAGUGCCGGUUCGGGCGGACGUGGCGGCAGCGGUGGUGGUGGUGGCCGUGGUGGCGGCGGCGGCGGUGGAAGACGUGGCGGACGUUUCUAA